AUGUUAUAUCCAGCCCUUGCUCCAGGAAGUCCUCUUCUCUCCCCCAAUGUCAUUCUCAGGCUGGAUGCCGAGCUCAACAGAAACCCGUUUGGUCUCGUGGUAAUAACAUCCGGGAACGAGGAUCUGGAUACGAUUGGCACAUUGCUGUGGAACGACUGUAUUGAGCUGAUGGUGUCGCAUGGUAACAAUCCGGAUGAUGUGCUGGUACUCGGCAAAGUGAGGGCUCUCGCGUUUGCCGUGUUGAACAUGGCUGUGUUGCCUGAUCUCCUAGGGAGUACCAGGGCUCUUGACCUGGCCCUCAAGGCGGCCCGUAUUUGCAUUGUGAACCAGCAACGUGAUAUUGCGCUGAAUAUCUUGUCAAUCGCAGCUCUGAGGCUGGAAAGUAUUCAGGCUCCUCAUCUUGGGCUUGAUGCUACAGCUAACCGCACUCUCACCACCCGAUACAACUUGCUCCGUGCUCGACUGGCCUGGUUGCAGGAUCGAGUAGAUAUCGCAGAGCAUUUCUUUGCCAAAAUUCCUUUGCCUGGUCUGUCGGAUGAUGAAGAGGCGGCCUUCGAGACUUGUUUUAUCAUUGGCAACUCUGCACUCGCACGGCGCCAGUUUGACAUUGCAGCAAGAUGGCUGCAAAUAGCGAAAGAUCGCUUGGAAGCUUCAUCCAUUAUGGAUGUGAUGAAAUUUCCUGAUUAUGAUAACUGGAACCUGGUUGUUCGACAUUCCCUUGCUGUGGCUUGUACUCAAAUCAAAAACCCCCAGGCAACCGUCACGUACGAUAUUGAAAUGAUAGUCUUGAGAGAAACUUACCCAGAGCACCCUGCUGUGAUCCUUUUUGAUCUCUCUAUGGGACAUAAUAAUCCUGGUACCCACGGAAUACUCCAAGGUCUGCAGAGGCUAGUCGAGAAGACGACUCUCACAGAUAUGAACAUGCCGAUCAUUUUCCAAUUUGCCCGUUCUAUGGGACAUGCAGGUGGUUCAGACAACGGGAUGGAAGCACUUCGAAUAUUGCUCAUGCGCCCUCUACCAUCCAGAGAAUGGACAGAGAAAUGCUUUGUUGCUUUUACGCUACUUUUGAGCAGAUCGGAAUGCUCUGAUUCUAUCCGAAUUCGCACCCUCCGGGGUGUGAUUGACGCACUAGAGCAACGUGGAUACCCAUCAAUCAGCGCCAGCGCAGCUCACGCCACCGUGAUUUGCAUCUGGAAAAUGACUGGUGGUGCCCUUCUCAAGAACGACUACUGGACUGCACAACUCUGGCUUCAGAUGUGCAGCGAACCGAAGAUCUUUCAACACUGCUCCCAAUCUAUCCAGAUUGCGAUACAAAAGAAGCUGCUAGCAUGUUAUCUACAGACUGGAAACCUCGCCGGUGCUCGUCAGUUAAUGGAUCGUGGUCUAGUCCAAAGCCAGGUGGACUGCGAACGGUUGUAUUUGUCCUACAAGCUGAGCUUGCUGGAGGGAAAAGACGGCUCCGGGCAUUUUUAUCUCGGCUUUCCUCUGCAUCCCGUGCCACACAAGCAAAUGAGCCUACUAUCGUGCGCAAUGGAGGCCCAGAGACAAAACAAACCAGAAGAAGUAAUGAACUGUCUUGAUCAAUUUACCAAGUGUUUGAUUGCAGAUGAUAUUUAUCAUCACGACUUUUCCGCCGCCGAGCAUUACAUAUUUGCAAUUACUCUUCUUUUCCAAGAGCUUUCCAAAGGCUUCACUGAGAGGCUUGGCAACUGUAUCGAGACUGUACUCGAGAGUGCACUGUCUUAUGCAAAAGGAAACAGCAUGUUUGAAGGUGGCGACCAGGAGGUCUCAGUUACCCAACUACAAUGGCUGUAUUUCGUGACUUACAAACUCGCUUUGAAACUUAUGAGCUCUUCCGGGCUCCUGUGGAUUGCUUCGGUCUUGGAUUACUCCAGACAAUUUGCGCUUCAAUAUCGGCAGAUUGCAUACCCCGAGAUGGAUUCCAAUGCACCCAGACCGCAUUUAUUUGCGGUUGUUUACCUCCGUAUUCUUGCUGCCUCCCUUAACGCCCGCCGCGAGAACGAUCUGAAUAACAAGAGAACGUAUUACAUGAAUGUACGCACUUGUUUCAUCGGCCUCAAUCAUUUACACGGUUGGGAAGAUGAGGAAGAAGAGGCAGACGAGGCUACGAAUGAGAAAGAAGACAGGCACCAUGACAUUGCACAAUUUUUCGACCUUGAAGCUGCCAUGCACCUCAGGCACUGGCAGGAUAUCUUGGACAUUUGUGCAUCAGACGAUGAGUUUCCCAAGCCGAGGUUUUACGCACCGAUUAUAGAUCUGGCUUUCCAACGGAACAUACCACCCACAGUGGUAAUCCCGAUCAUCAAGCGCAUCAUGUCAGAACUCAGCAAGCUACAGGAUGAUCCCCCUACUACAUUCCAAGGCGAUUUCCGGGUUUCCUUGCCCCGCUACCUCCACUGUCUAUUCUCGCUAGCCGUCGGACGGCCCCGAUACAUAAACCCUACUGGAAUUGACCUUUUAGAUAUCAAAAUGGCCGACGCCGAGGUUGCUGAAGAAGUGCUCGACAGAGUCCUCGCAAUAGCAGGCGGAGAGACCGGCGCUGAAGAGGUUAAACACGAACAGCAGGAUUCGAAUUCCAUCCAGUCCGACCCGAAGCUGAGGGGCGAGUUCACAUAUCCAGCUGCGGAAUUGAUCAAGAUUUCUACGGUGGCUUUCAACAAGGCUACUGACUUUUACCGUGCUACACGGGACGAUGAUUGUCAGCGUUGGGCGAACAAGGCUAUUCGUAUUGCUCAGCUUGUACCUGGUAUUCAGGGCAGACAGGUGGUCCAGGCGCUCCAGACUAGGCUGGGGAGCUUGAUUUGA